GCUGGGGCACUCCUGCCUUCCGCCGCCGCCAGCCGGGAUUGACAGCCGGGGAGAGGCGCGACCGGCCAGGCGGCGUCCCAUUGCCAGGCGCCUGGGGGACCAGCCAGGUCAGUAGGCAGCCAGCUCCCCAGCGCUGGGAGAAGAAGACGUCGCAUCCCACCCGCCCGUCUCCCUGUUUCUCCAGACCCUUCCCACUCACACGCCUCCCCAAAAGAAGAAGAAGAAGGGGUCGCUUGGGAGACCGGCGCCCGCGCCCUGCCCUCCCUCCCGAGGCCGGCUCCUCCAGGGGUGUGAGAGGGCAGUUCUAGUCUAGGGAGGGAUGAAGUUGGGGGGAAACUCCUCUCCUCCGCCUCCGCCCACCUCAUCGCUGCUCCCCCUUCUUCUCCCUCCGCGCAACAGACACCCGCUUCUCCGCUGGUGAAGAAGCCCUUCCCUUUGGAGAGUUCUUCAAGCAGCCCGCAGAAUAAAGCCGGAAAGGAUUUUCCCCCUUCCUCCCUGCUCUUGUGGCUUCCUUGUUAGUUUUUUUCCCUCCCCCCAGUCAUAUUUGGAAAUGGCCAGGGCAGCGACGCUUGGGAAAGGAUCAAGUGUGGGAAAAGGCAGAGGAAACCGGAGCUGAAUGACAGGAUGCAGGAGACUUGAGGAGAUACUACACAAAAGGAGCGGUUUCCUUAUAACAUACACACAGACUACCUGCGGGACUCUUUGCUGUGGUUGCCACCGGCCGAGCCGGCUUCUGAUCCUAACCUGCCCUGCCCGAGGAUUUAAGAUCUAGGUGGGAUUUCUGCGUGCCAGCCGGAGAGGGUCUUUUCUAUUUCUAAUCCUUCUGCACUGAGACAGGAACAUGGACUGGGGACUCCUCCUGCACUGUGCAGCCCUCAUGGUCACCCUUGGCAGGACACUGAAGAGCGAUAAAUGCGGUGAAACUAUAAGAAUUGUUGAGCCUGGGUAUCUCACUUCGCCUGGCUACCCUAAUACGUAUCAUCCAAGCCAAAAAUGUGAAUGGCUGAUUCAAGCUCCUCAACCGUACCAGAGGAUUAUGAUCAACUUCAACCCUCACUUUGAUUUGGAGGACAGAGAAUGCAAGUACGAUUAUGUUGAAGUGAUUGAUGGAGACAAUGCCAACGGGCGAGUGUGGGGGAAGUAUUGUGGCAAGAUUGCACCCCUGCCCGUGGUAUCUUCAGGACCGCACCUCUUCAUCAGAUUUGUCUCCGAUUAUGAAACCCAUGGGGCAGGGUUUUCCAUUCGCUAUGAGGUUUUCAAGAAAGGACAAGAAUGCUCCAGAAACUUUACAUCAAUGAGCGGGGUGAUCAAAUCGCCCGGAUUCCCUGAAAAAUAUCCCAAUGGCCUUGAAUGCACUUACAUUAUAUUUGCACCAAAGAUGUCCGAGAUCAUACUGGAAUUUGAAAGCUUUGAACUGGAGCCAGAUUCAAAUCCUCCAGGGGGAAUGUUCUGCCGUUAUGACAGAUUAGAAAUAUGGGAUGGAUUCGCUGAAGUUGGCCUUCACAUAGGCCGAUAUUGUGGACAGAAUACACCAGGCCGUGUCCGCUCUUCAACUGGCAUUCUUUCCCUGGUUUUCUACACCGACAGUGCAAUCGCAAAAGAAGGUUUCUCUGCCAACUACACCGUCUUGCAGAACAGUGUAUCGGAAGAUUUCCAGUGCAUACAACCACUUGGAAUGGAAUCUGGUGAAAUUCAUUCUGACCAAAUCAGUGCCUCUUCUCAGUACAGCACCAACUGGUCUUCUGAAAGGUCCCGCUUGAAUUACCCUGAAAAUGGGUGGACGCCGGGAGAGGAUUCCAUCAGAGAAUGGAUACAGGUGGACUUGGGCCUUCUCCGCUUUGUUUCUGCCAUUGGAACCCAGGGAGCCAUCUCGAAAGAAACUAAGAAAAAGUACUAUGUGAAAACGUACCGUGUAGAUAUCAGCUCCAAUGGAGAAGACUGGAUUUCACUUAAAGAUGGAAAUAAACCUUUGGUGUUUACCGGGAACAUUAACCCUACUGAUGUUGCUUAUGGAACUUUUCCCAAGCCAGUUCUGACACGCUUUGUUAGAAUCAAACCUGUAACCUGGGAAACUGGGAUAUCACUAAGAUUUGAAGUUUAUGGCUGUAAAAUUACAGAUUAUCCUUGCUUUGGCAUGCUGGGUAUGGUAUCUGGUCUCAUCACGGACUCUCAGAUUACAGCAUCCACUGAAGUUGAUCGAAAUUGGAUCCCAGAAAAUGCUCGCCUUAUAACAAGCCGUCUAGGCUGGGCACUACCUCCAACCACUCACUCAUAUACAAAGGAAUGGCUCCAGAUAGACCUUGGUGAGGAAAAGAUAGUGCGGGGCAUAAUCAUUCAAGGAGGCAAGCACAGAGAAAACAAGGUCUUCAUGAGAAAAUUCAAAAUUGGAUACAGCUACAAUGGAUCAGACUGGAAAUUUAUUAUGGAAGGAAGCAAAAAGAAGGUCAAGAUUUUUGAAGGCAAUACCAACUACGACACACCCGAGCUUCGUGUUUUUGAGCCUGUAACCACCAGGUUUAUUCGCGUCUACCCUGAAAGAGCCACCCAUGGCGGACUAGGACUGAGGAUGGAACUGCUGGGCUGUGAAAUUGAAGUGCCUACCUCAAUCCCCACCACACCUGACAGCAAUCUUGUGGACGAGUGCGAUGACGACCAAGCAAACUGCCACAGUGGAACAGGCAGUACCACAGCAGUGAUAACAGAAAAGCCGACAGCAAUUGACAUUACAGUACAGCCAGAACUCCCAGCCUAUGGGUUCAACUGUGAAUUUGGCUACAGCUCUCAGAAGACAAUCUGCCGUUGGGAACACGACAGCCGGCUGGACCUGAAGUGGGCAGUGCUCACCAGCAAAACAGGGCCCAUUCAAGACCACACAGGAGAUGGCAAUUUCAUUUACUCACAAGCUGAUGAAAACCAAAAAGGAAAGGUUGCACGGCUCAUCAGCCCUAUCGUCAACCCGCAGAACUCUGCUCAUUGCAUGACUUUCUGGUACCAUAUGUCUGGCCCCCAUGUUGGCACUCUACGAAUCAAGCUGAGGUAUCCCUCGCCUGAAGAGUAUGACCAAGUCCUCUUGACAUUGAAUGGAAAUCAGGGGAACUGCUGGAAAGAAGGACGCGUCCUCCUCCACAAAUCUGUGAAACAUUAUCAGGUGGUGGUGGAAGGAGAAAUAGGAAAAGGAAAUGGAGGAAUUGCAGUGGAUGACAUUAACAUUGACAACCACAUAGCACAGGAGGAAUGCAGAAGGUCAAAUGAUGCAGGGAAUGAAAUAGCUGAAGAAGAGCCAGAUAUUAAUCAAACAGGGUCUACACCUGAGUACCCUGACAACGGAGAGCCCUACAAUGAUAACAUCUCCCGAAAACCAGGAAACGUGCUGAAGACUCUCGAUCCCAUUUUGAUCACCAUCAUAGCCAUGAGUGCACUAGGGGUGCUUCUUGGGGCCAUUUGCGGAGUCAUCCUGUACUGCGCCUGUUGGCACAACGGUAUGUCGGACAGGAACUUGUCUGCAUUGGAGAACUACAAUUUCGAACUCGUGGAUGGCGUGAAAUUGAAAAAAGACAAACUGAACACACAGAAUACUUACUCAGAGGCGUGAAGGUGCAAGAGCAGCUAACGAAGGUUCAGAGAAAUAGAGACAGAAGGACGUAUCACUAGCUUAAGC